AGAUCGGAGAGGGCACAGGGCUAGAGAUUCUGGCCAGAGAUAGGCCCAGGUCUGUGGCUGGCCGGCUGCAGCGGUGGGGCCCGGCAUGUGUCUCAGCAUGGCCCUGGAGCUCUACAUGGACCUGCUGUCAGCACCCUGCCGUGCCGUCUACAUCUUCUCCAAGAAGCAUGACAUCCGGUUCAACUUUCAGUUUGUGGAUCUGCUGAAAGGUCACCACCACAGCAAAGAAUACAUUGACAUCAACCCACUCAGGAAGGUGCCCAGCCUCAAAGAUGGGAAAUUUAUCUUAAGUGAAAGUGUGGCCAUCCUUUACUACCUGUGCCGCAAGUACAGCGCACCAUUACACUGGUACCCGCCAGACCUGCACACACGUGCCCGUGUGGAGGAGUUCAUGGCUUGGCAACACACGGCCUUUCAGCUGCCCAUGAAGAAGAUAGUCUGGCUCAAGUUGCUGAUCCCAAAGAUAACAGGGGAGGAAGUUUCGGCUGAGAAGAUGGAGCAUACAGUGGAAGAGGUGAAGAACAGCCUGCAGCUCUUUGAGGAGCAUUUUCUGCAGCAUAAGAUGUUCAUCACCGGGGACCAAAUCUCACUGGCUGACUUGGUGGCCGUGGUGGAGAUGAUGCAGCCCAUGGCAGCCAACUAUAAUGUCUUCCUCAACAGCUCCAAGCUAGCUGAGUGGCGUAUGCGGGUGGAGCUGAAUAUCGGCUCUGGCCUCUUUAGGGAGGCCCAUGACCGCCUAAUGCAGUUGGCCGACUGGGACUUUUCAACAUUGGAUCCAAUGGUCAAGGAGAAUAUUUCCGAGUUGCUGAAGAAGAACAAGUGACCCUAGGCGCAGCCCGUCGUGCAGGGCCUGGCUAGCUUAUCAAUCUGAGCCACCUUCCUUAAAGGAAAUGCUAAAAAAAAAAAAAAAAAAAAAAAAAGCUUUUCUUUGCCUAAUAAAGAACUGGAACAACCAUCA